UUCUGAUUUGAUCUGGGCUCUUCGCUUGCUUCGAUUUCAAUUCCUGGCAAAAUGUGCGUGAGAUAUGUUGGAUUUGUUCUUCUGGUUUGGUUUCCAGGAGUGCUACAUGGACAGUCGUGUGAUGCUCCCAGCGUGAGUGGUGGUUAUAUUGUCCCUGAACAAGAAAAGUAUUCUCAUGAAACCGAGCUCACUUAUGCCUGCAGUCCCGGAUAUAAACCAGCAGUAGAGGGAUGGUGGGCAAAAAGCACAUGUCAAAAUGGCAAAUGGUCUCAUAAACCACAAUGUAUAGACGAAAAAGCCUGCCUCCCACCAGUGAUACCAAAUGCAAAAUACACAGAAAACCAAAAUGGUUGGUAUGAGGACAGAUACGUUAUUAGGAUAACAUGUGACAAAGGAUAUGAACCCAAAGGCCGGGAUGUCACAGCCAUAUGUAUAAAUGGAACGUGGUCCUCUGUGCCGGUCUGUGAGAAAAGUAUCCUUUCAUGCGGUGAACCUCCUAAAAUCCCCCAUGCAGUCAUCAUUCAUCAGAGAUACCAGGAGAUGUUUGCUGUAGAUUCAGAAGUGCAGUAUGAAUGUGAAGAUGGAUAUACUGUAGAGGGAGCAGAAAAAUCCAUCUUUUGCAUAGCUGGAACUUGGACUAAAGGACCACCGUGCAUUCUCCACUUAGGCAGAGUAACCAGACCAGAGACUGGACAUGGUGGAUCCACAGUUGGAGGAGCAGGUGGGGGGGGCACGACAUCUGCUGAAAGGGGGACACAACCUGCAGAGGAAGGAGCAUGCCUUCCGCCAGAGAUACCAAAUGCAAAAUACACAGAAAACCAAAACGGUUGGUAUGAGGACGGAUCUAGACUUGGAGUAACAUGUGUCCAAGGAUAUGAACGCAAAGGCCGGAAAGUCACCAUAUGUAGAAGUGGAACAUGGUCCUCUGUGCCGGUCUGUGAGAGAGCCAGACCAACUAUUGAACAUGGUGGAUCCACAGUGGGAGGAACAGGUUGGGAGGACACUGAACAAGUUGGGGGAACAAAACCUGGGGGUGGAGGCAGAGGAACUGAAACAGGUGCCGUAGGAGGAUCUUCUGCCACAUCUGGCUCAGAUGACAGAGACAGUCAACCUGCAUUCAUGUCAAUCGACCACUGUGGAGAACACCCAAACGUUCCAAACGGUGAUGUUGUACAAGUGAAUCGAAUGUUUUUGAAAUACCAAUGUAAUGCCUUUUACACACGAGUCGGUUCAGACACCGUGACGUGUUACAGUGAUGGCAGUUGGUCAAACCUUCCCAUCUGCAAAGAGGCAUUCUGUGUCGUGGAUCAUACUAGAUAUCGUUGGUACAACUUUCAGCUAUCUGGAGUUGAAUAUAUCAAGGAAGGAGAGAAAAAGACAUUUCCAUGCACUUCUUCUAAUUGGAGCAGGGUUUUUCAGUGCAUUGAAGGAAGAAUACAUUAUACAAACUGUUGUCAUUAUUAUGACAUUCAACGGGGAGUCUGCCAGUAAAGCACAAGAGAAGAACAACUGCUGGGCUGACAACAAAAGCCAAGUUGGAAACUUUUGAAAUACCUCCACCAUAAAAC